AUGAUGGCAUCAUUGGUUAUUUCUUGUAGAUACGUAGCACGUCGAUGCGUUACAUUUUGUAGGAAGGGAAGUCCAAUGCUGCGAUACUUUCAUCAGGGCAUACUUCGUGGAUGUACGACCGGCGGUUUUAUUUACAUUAAGAUGGAGUGCAGCGGUAUGUGUCAGCGGAGAUGUAUCUCUUCGGCUCCCACAGUCACGGUAUUGAAGACGAAUCAAGGGAGGUGCAAUAAUUAUAGUGCGGGUAAUGAUAAUAUUGGAGCCAAUGCAUCCGGUGCUGCCUCAAUUUCUUCCGCUGCCUCCGUCAUUCCUCCUUCUCCAUCAACAAACACCGACUGUGCGAAGAAUGGCACGCCGCAUAUGAAGGAAAUGGGGUUUUCGCAGUGCAAGAACAUGUAUACAUGGGAGGAGUCUUCUAAGAAGCCUGGAGCCUUUUUUCUUCUUUCUCAUCGCGAGGGAACACCCUUUCAGCGUCUGUUUCUGUUUGGAAUGCCUCGGGGAUAUCCGGAAUCAUGCGAGGUUGGCUUUCGUCGUUAUUUUCUUCUUUCGUUGUGUAGUUCUUCUGUCUCUAGUUUUGCCUCCUCUAUCGGCUUUCAGUCUAUCCUAAACGGGUUUUUUCUCGGCUCUUCUCCCCAGUUGUGGAUGAUGAAAGAUCUUCUCCCGGCACUUGCCGCGGCGUAUUUGGCAAAUCGUAUUGUUUCUUACGAAAACCGACCCAAAUUUUGGUUUUUCGUGAGUGUUGGCCUACAGAACCUCUCCGUGGUCGCAGAGAUGCUUGUUCCUUCGCUGCUGCCCCAGCAUCUCCUUUUAGGUGCCAUCAUGACCUCAUGUGCACGGCAAUCUGCUUCUCUUAUAUUUUUGGUGUCACGUGCUGCUGCCUUGCAGCACUUUGCGGUGAGCAACAAUCUCGCGGAGCUCACGAAAAAGUUAAACUCAUUUGGAAUGGUGAUUUACACAAUUUUUACGGCAUUUGGCAUUAUGUACACAUCCGUUGUGACGUCUCUUGUGGCACAGCUUGCCACCGUAUUGUUUUGUUGUGCAUUGAAUCUUGUUUUAUCGUACCAGUCAAUGAGUAAAAUUGCGUUUCGGAUUUUAAAUGUCACUACGCUCUCUGUCGUGUUGCGCGACUACGUGGGACGUGGGGGGAUACAUCGGCGCCACAUACCCACCCCACAAGAGGUCAGCGACCGUAUAGGGCUCCGUAUGCUGGAUGAAAAGGCACGUGAUCCCAAUGAUCGCACGCGUCUUUUGUACGUAAGUCCCCCCGUUAGUAAACUUCGCAUUUCUUUUGUCACGCUUGAACAGGACGUGUUGUACGCUUGCUCAGCGGAAAUGUUUUUGUUAGCCUUGUGGGAACCGGCCGCUCCACUCUCGCUGAAGGAGUGCUGGCGACGUUGGGAGCUGCCGGAGUCAUGGAAUUUGUUUUUCUCAAAGCUUUCAUUAGGCGCUGCAGCGAAGGGCACGUUCAUUUGCAAAAGUAUCCGUCAGCGGCUUGUGCUGUUGGUUCAUCAAGAGUGUGACUCAUUACAUCUUUUGACAGCCUAUUUAUUAGCCUACACCGCACUGUUGUAUCAUGCGGAAACGGUGGGGGAAAUAACGCGAUUUCUCCGCUCGUGCAACGAGGAACAGUCGGUGUGGCUGCGUCACGGCGCCGAGUUCCGUGAGGCGCUGCGGCGUGCUGGGUGGGAUGUGGAGCAGCUCGCGUUAGAUCCCCCGGACUUUCGACUAUCGAAUCUGCACUUUGCCAUGCGCUCUGCGCAGCGGUCCUCAUGCCGUGCAGGGCGGGGGGGACGGUUCGCGGUUACAUGCGGCGUCGAUAGACCAAAGACGGAAGAGGAAACAAAACCACGCAUGCCAAAGAAGACAACAACAGCAACAACAACCGAAAUGCAAUGA